AUGAGAGAAGUAACGGAGAAAGCUGUCAAUGAUAUUUACAAUCACAUAAUCAAGACUCCUGAAAGAGACUUUACUAUCAAGAUUUCUGGUCUGGAAAUAUAUAAUGAAAAUGUCAGGGAUCUGCUGAAUUCAGAGUCCGGUCGUGCCCUUAAACUCCUCGAUGUCCCAGAGAAAGGGACCGUGGUUGAAAAACUUGUAGAAGAAAAACAGCUAAUAAUGAUCAACACUUGCGUCAUCUGA